AUGGUGUUUGCAUUCAUUCUUGCAGAAACCACUACUUUGGCAACCACCACAGUCACACCAGAAACUACAACAACAACAACACCUGAACCAACAACAACAGCAGCGACAGAAACCACCACUUCAACCACCACAGUCUCAACCACCACUGCAACAACAACUCCAUGGACAGCACCGGAUAUAUUUUAUCCAUUCGGUGCGGCGGCAGGAGACACACAACAUCUUGAAAUAAACUAUGAUAGCUCCUACCUUGUUACCUUCUCCACUCCAUUUGUGUACUUUGGCCGCACAUACAAUGCAAUAUAUGUUAAUAAUAACGGACUUAUUACGUUUAACCAAACUUUACCAGAAGCUCAUCCUCCUUACCCUUUUCCCACAUAUGGAAAUGAAGAUUACAUUGCUCCGCUCUGGACUGACCUUGAUGACCUUGGUAUUGGUAUAUAUUCGUAUCAGGAGUACACAACUGGAAGUGUCCUCACUCGGGCCACUCAGGAUAUAAACCAGUAUUUCCCUGGAAGGGGCUUCUCUGCUUCUUGGGUCUUUGUUGUAACGUGGGACUAUGUGCUAACAUGGGAUAUGAAUGUAUUUAACAGUCACUCAGGCCCUGCAAUCACGUUUCAAGCGGUUUUAAUUUCAGGUGAUGGUUUCUCUUUCAUUCUGAUGCAUUAUGGUGACUGUGCUGGGGAGCAAUAUGCAGCUCAGGCUGGAUACGACACAAUAGGCUCCACUGACUACUAUCAAAUUCACCAUAAUCCAAAUGAUGGCUACUCCAUCCCAAUCCUCAAGACCACGACUAAUGUAGACAUUCCGGGUCGUUGGGCCUUUCUUGUGAACAACGGAUCAGCCAUCAUAGGAGUACAAAUGAAACUUGAGUCAUUUUUAGACCUAACACAGAGUGGAAAUAUCAAGGUUGUUUUGCAUCAAAUAGAAGAAGAGCUGGUCAGUCGUGGACUGUUAAGCAGCUUCAAGAUGAAGCUAAGAAAAGUCAAGAAGACACAGCCGUAACAUCAGCCUCAUGGAAGGGAAUUUAAAUGCUGAAUAUCACUGUUGAAGAUGUUGUUGCCAUUGAUAAAAAUACUU